GUGGCCACGGCGGGACUUGCCCGGGCAUGUGCGCGCGGCGGCUUCCGGGCCGGACACGUGUGAGCGGCGGCGGGAGCGCAGGAAUGCCGCCAGGCAAAGGACAGAUGACCCCGCUGCUGCCCGCCCCGCAGGGCACCCAUGUCCCCGGAGCGGGGGGCUGCGCUCAGCCCCCGAAGGGUCCCAGCUCGCCGCAGGGCCGCGGCAAGAAGAGGAGCCGCAAGCACCAGCGGUUCAUGGAGCGCCGGGCGGUGCUGGAGCAGAAGGGGCUGCUGAGCCCCCACGGGCGCCUGGGCACUCAGACCCCCAAGGCGGGGCUGGACGCACACACUACACUCACCAAGGCGAAUGGCACCGCGGCACCGCGCUGUGACAAGGUCCCCAAGCCCAAACAGAUUGCAUCCUCGUCCCUGUCUCCAUCUGCCUCUCCGGACAGCAUAGCCAGGCACCACUCCGUGCUGCUGUCCCAGGGGAGCGGCAGCUCCCAGAGGGUGCAGACAUCCUCCCCAGUCCUGCGCCCGGGCAAGUACGUGGCCAUCGACUGUGAGAUGGUGGGCACGGGUCCCCAGGGGAAGCUGAGCGAGCUGGCACGGUGCUCCGUGGUGAACUACGAGGGGGAUGUCAUCUAUGACAAGUACGUCCGGCCCGAGCUCCCCAUCGUGGACUACCGCACGCGCUGGAGCGGCAUCACCAAGCGGCACAUGCAGAGUGCAAUUCCCUUCAAGGCUGCCCAGGCAGAGAUCCUGAAGAUCUUGAAAGACAAGAUUGUGGUAGGACACGCCAUCCACAAUGACUUCCAAGCCCUGAAGUACUUCCACCCGAAAGACAGGACUCGAGACACCAGCCAGAGCCCUGAGCUGAGGAAGAGAGCAGGGCUGCCUGUAAGAGCCAAUGUCUCCCUGAAGAACUUGGCCAUGCACCUACUCCAUAAAAAGAUCCAGGUUGGCCGCCACGGUCACUCGUCGGUGGAGGAUGCUCAGACAGCCAUGGAGCUGUACAGACUGGUGGAGGUGGAGUGGGAGAAGGAGCUGGCCCACAGCCUGCCCCCCCGGCCCCCCAGCCCUGUCACAGACCCUGCUGCAGACAGCAGCCAGUACCUGGAUGACCAGUACUGGCCCACUGAGCUGAUGGCAAGCAGCCUGUGACAGGGCACAGCAUCUCCUCCGUGUGUUCUGGGUCAUCCUGCUGCCUGCAGCUUUCAAAGGUGGAGGUGACUGCUGACCUCCUCCCCUGGGGCUUGUGCCCAGCGCCCAGCCCCGCUCAGGGAUGGAGACAUGGUGACACCUGGACACAAGCAGUCUCCCAGAAAUGCUGUCUGCAGCCUUGAGCUGUCAUACAGAAAUAAGGGCUGUGUUCAGCUGUCACUUGGGGAUGAGCAGGGUCCUGUGUCUGCCUGGAGGAACCUCUGUGGGCAUGUAAUGGGGGCUACCAACACCCUCCAUACCUCCUGUGGGGUUGUCCUCCUCCCAGACAGCAAAGGGAGAGUUUUCCUGUGGAGGAACUGAGGUGUUUUGCUGAUACCCAAAGGCUGUAAACCAUCUGGGCCAGUAAAUAACCAGUUUGCUCCUCACUUUCUUUCAUAGAAUCAUAGAAUAUGCUGAGUUGGAAGGGAUCCAUCAGGAUCAUUGAGUCCAACACCUGGCCCUGCACAGGACACCCAAAGAAUCCCACCAUGUGCCUGAGGGCUUUGUCCAAAAACUUGAAUUCAGACAUGCUUGGUGCUGUGAUCACUUCCCUGGGGAACUGUUCCAGUGCUCAGCUCCAGCUGAAUAUUUUGUCAAGAAGGGUGCUGGAGAGACAGUGUCAAAGGCUUUGCUUAAGUCCAAAAAGAUUUCAUCACCUGAUGUCCCUUGAUCAGCUGGGUGAUACCUGUUGUAGAAGGAAAUCAGGUUCAAUGAGCAGGACUUUGCCCUCAUGAAGCCAUGCUGGCUGUGACCAAUGACUGCAUUGUGCUCCAAGUGUUUUUCAAUACCUCCCAGAAAAAUACUUUCCAUGAUUUUACCUGUCAGUGAAGUGAGACUGACAGGCUGUAGUUUCCAGCAUCCUUCUUGCCCUUCAAAAUCGGGCAACAUUUGCCAGCUUUCAGUCAGCUAGGAUUCCCAAAACUGGUCAAAAAUAGUUGAGCAGCUCUGUAAUGACAUCAGCAGCUCUUUGAAGAUUCUUGAGUGAAUCCCAUCAGGCCCCAUAGAUUUAUAGGGAUCCAACUGCACAAUGAAGUUCAAGAGGAAAGUCUGGAUCUAAUCAAUGUCCAGCCUGGACAAGAGCACAGAAUGCACUUAAUUUUAAAUGAAUGAUUCACAUAAUUGUCCAAUUCUGAAUUAAAAACUCUUCUGG